CGGAUGGAAGCGUGACACGUCAGUCCAGCUGCAUCGUGCCCUUCACGAGGUGACAGCAAAAGGCUCCCACUCGCAUAUCAGACCUGCGGAACUACCCGCCUGCUUGCCUGCCUGCUUGUGUGCUCACUCGCCGGCCUCUCGUGCAGCCCUCCCCCCCUUUUCCCCGCAGGCGCAGGCGAGGUCGGACACUAAAGAUGCAGUCCCUCGACGCAGUCACCGAGUCGUUUCUCAGCGGCAUUGCCAACGAGAUGCCCAUAUCAUCCUCCUCCCACUCAAAUGCGCACGCACCAGUCUCUGCCUCUGCCUACCCGUAUCCGCCUCCGAGUCCCAGCAACGGGCACAGCCACGAUCACCACAGACGCUCCAGCGGCAGGUACGACGAUCGCGAAAGAAGCGCAAGGCAUGAUGAUCGCUAUGAUGAUGAGGGAGGUCGGUCCAGAAAGCGUGAUGACGACGAUUCUGAGUCGGACCGCAGGAAAAGGCGCCACUAUGAUGACCGCGACGAUCGAGGAGACCACUAUCGAUUACCCUCGCGCCGAGAGGACCGAGAUUACGAUCGUUCAGACCGUCGAUCGAGCAGGCGCUACGACGAUCCGCCACAUGACCGCGAGAAGGAUCGUUACUCUUCAGAUCGCCAUCGUGAUCGCGAGCCCAGUAACCGCUACAGCGGGCGUGGGUAUGAAGACGACCGCGACAGGCGCGGUGGCUACACGGGGUCGUACCACCGCGGCAGCGGCGGUUACCCCCCAGACGACUAUCCGUCGAGCUACCCCUCGCCACAUCCCCGCGGCGGCGGCAGUCGCGACGACCGCGACCGACCACGCAGCGGUGGAGGAAGAGGAGACUGGAGGAACGAAGCAAGGGAGCAGAGCCCACUGGUCAAGCGCAGCCCUACUCCGGAAGGCACUGUGCCGAUCAGCCAGAGGCCGAGGAGGGAUACGAAAUGGGACAGGAAACCUCAAGGCUUUGAGAACAUCAGUGCACAGGAGGCCAAGGUGUCAGGCAUCUUUGGCGUCCCUGGACAAGCACGCUCUCUCGAUGGAGCACCGCCCGUCGGCAUGCACUCUGCAGGUGCGAGCGGUGGUCGUACAGCGCUGCCGCCCAUCCAUCUCGGCCAAGGCGGUGGUGUACCCGGCGCUGCUGGAGCGGGAGUGGGCGGCAUCAGCCAGAUGAACCGGCAAGCGCGCCGGCUAUACGUCGGCAAUGUCGGCUGGGACGCGACCGAGCCGCUCGUCACCGGCUUCUUCAACGCCAAGAUGCGCGAGCUCAACUUGGUCAACAGGAACCUCGCCGGCGACGAGCCGUGCAUCUCGGCGCAGAUCAAUCCCGAGAAGGGGUACGCGUUCGUUGAGUUCAGGAGCCCGGAGGAGGCGACAAACGCAAUGGCGUUCGAUGGGAUCGUCUUCCAGCAGCAGGGGCUCAAGAUUCGCCGCCCGAAGGACUACGUCGGCCCUGACGUUGCGGCACCCACGAACGUGCACGUACCCGGCGUCGUCAGCACGAACGUGCCUGACUCGCCCAACAAGAUAUUCAUCGGCGGCCUCCCUACGUAUCUCAACGACGAGCAGGUCAUGGAGCUGCUCAAGGCAUUCGGCGAACUGCGCGCGUUCAACCUCGUGCGCGAACAGGGCAACGGCCCGUCGAAGGGCUUUGCCUUCUGCGAGUACGUCGAUCCCUCCAUUACGGACCUUGCGUGCCAGGGCCUGAAUGACAUGGAACUCGGCGACCGCCGUUUGGUCGUGCAGCGCGCUAGCCUCGGCAGCGGCAAGGGCAACGCGGGCGGUACGCCCGUCGCGGCGCCGCCGCGCGGCAUCGCCGCUGCCGCUGCAGCGCUUGGUGGCAGCUUUGUCGGCGGCGUCGGCGGCGCUGCGGCUGAAGAAGCUGGCGAACCGACGCGGUGCAUGCAAAUGCUCAACAUGGUCACGCAGGACGAACUCACCGAUGACCAAGAGUACAGUGAGAUCGUCGAGGACAUCCGCGACGAGUGCGCGCGCUACGGCGACGUUCUCGACGUCAGGAUCCCGCGCCCCGAGAAGGAGAGCAAAGGCAGGGCCGCGCAGAUGUACAGGAAGGCCGUCAAUUCGGGCGAGCAGCCAGCGCCGUCAGCGGACGCGGCAGAAGGAGGAGAUACGGGCAAAGGAUCGGCGCCAGACAACAACAACAGCAGCAGCAGCAAGGAGCGCGAGGGCGUCGGACGCGUGUACGUCAAGUUUUCCGAGAAGGAGCAGUGCGCGGCAGCGCUGAAGGCGAUCGCCGGCCGCCAGUUCGGUGGGCGCGUUGUUAUCGCUGCGUACCUCGCCGAGGAGCAGUGGCCCGGCGACGAGGAUGGCGGCGAGAAUGCCGAGGAAACGAACAAGAUGGCUACCGGGCCUAAAGUCCAGGGCGAAGAGCACGCCGCUGGUAAGGACGCGGACGAGGGCGCUGUGGAUGUGCCGGCUCAGAGCCAAUGGCAAGACGAGGGAGAAGGCGAGGGAAAGCGCCAGCCCGAGGCCGAUGUGGAUGUACAAGAUGCAGAGUAACGAUCGUGAAGAUGCUUGCCGUCUAUUAGAAUGUACUCGUAUCUACCGGUCACCACUGAAAAAGAAAGCAGCUUCUGCAGCAGCUCCCCAU